CAUCUUCAUCCAAAAAAACAAGAAAUUAUUAUAGCCACCCUUUCUUCGAUUUUGAAGAAAGGAGACUUGCAGAAUUGAAGGCUUGAGAAAAGCAACGAAGAAAAAAAGGAGAAAAGAGAAGAAAGCCGGAUUUCCUUAAUCCCUUUCUUCCCUUGAAUCCUUCAUCCUCCUUAUUAUUAUUAUAAUUCAUGGGAAGAAUUUUUCCUUCGGAUUAUUAUCACCACCACCAUUACACCGCCUUUCCUCUCUUGUCGGUGUCGCUCUUCGUCUUGUCCAUCGCCACCACCCUAUCCAUCGUCACGGCGCUAUGCGGUUUCUUGAGUCGUAAGGAAGAAGAGCUCGUCGUCCUAGAGUUAGAGGUAGAUACUAAUAAUGGGUUAGAGUCUCCCCCUUCAAACACCAGCGAGGACGGGGCGGCGGCGGAGGGCAGCGAGGGGCAGAGCGACGACGGGGUGAUGAGCCAGCCGCUGCCGCCGCCGCCGGCGAUGCGGUCGGCGUCGUACCAUUACCGGUCGAGCUCGCAGGCAUCGUCGCUGCUGGCGUCACCGGCGGCGCACAAGAAGCUGGUGGCGAGCAUGAGCAUGAAGGUGGGGGGGCAGGGGACGCGCCACACGUCGAAGAAGGACGACAUCUUCGCCGGCGGCGUGGCCAUGGGCGACAAGAAGCGCGACAAGAAGCUAAAACACGAGGAUUCCGUGUGGAAGAAGACCAUCAUUUUAGGGGAGAAAUGUAGGGUCCACCACGACAGUGAAGAAGAGAUUGUUUUAGACGAGGACGGGAAUCGGAUCACGCCGUACCGCCCCAAAACGUCCGCCGCUCCGCCGUCGAUGUCACGGCAGAGCUCCGCCGUUGACGUAAACGUACCAAAAAUGGAUGAAGGAGAUAAGGGAAUAUAAUAUAUAUAUAUAUAUAUAUAUAUAUAUAUAGGUAUGUAUAUUAUAUUAGGAAGGGAAUUAUAUUAUCCAAGAAAAUUCUCCCAUAAAAAAACCCCAAAAAAUGAGAUUCUGUUAAAUUUUUGAUGUUUUUGUGUAAAAUGGAGUUGAGGGAUGCUAAUUCUUUAAUGUUCUAUGUUGUACAUUAGAAUUGAUCGAAUGAAUCUUUUCAUUUAAUUAGUACUAUGUA